AGCAACCGCCGCGAACUACCCCAUCAGGCGGCGUUUCACUCUACGGACGCGCCCCUCCCCCUCGCUAUAAAGUCCGGGACGCUCUCCUGAUCCCCCGUGCGGGUGCAUCUGAGCGCGCGCUACACUGAUCGGAACAGUAAGUUCGUGGAGACAACUUCUCUGCCAUGGCGUCCUCCUCCAACAACCUCGUGGCCCACCUGAGGCGCAGCGUCUCGCCGGCGUCGCUCCGCGCGUACUGCGCCGAGUUCAUCUCCACCUUCCUCUUCGUCUUCACCGCCGUCGGCUCCGCCAUCUCCGCCCGGAUGGCGACGCCCAAGGGGACCGCCCCCGACGCCGCGUCGCUGGUGGCGACCGCCGUGGCGCAGGCGUUCGGGCUCUUCGCCGCGGUGCUGAUCGCCGCCGACGUCUCCGGCGGGCACGCCAACCCCGCCGUCACGUUCGCCCUCGCCCUCGGAGGCCACGUCGCCGCCGCGAGCGCCGUCUUCUACUGGGCGUCGCAGAUGCUCGGCGGCACCUUCGCCUGCCUCGUCCUCCACUACAUCUCCGCCGGCCAGGCCGUGCCGACGACGAGGAUCGACGUGCAGAUGACCGGGUUCGGCGCCGCGAUCAUCGAGGGCGUGCUCACGUUCAUGCUGGUGUACACUGUGCACGUGGCCGGCGACCUCCGCGCGGGCGGGAGCGGCAAGCGGCGCGGGUUCGCGGCGACGGCGCUGGGCGCGCUGGCUGUCGGGCUGGUGACGGGCGCGUGCGUGCUGUCGGCGGGGUCGCUGACGGGCGCGUCCAUGAACCCGGCGCGCUCGUUCGGGCCGGCGGUCGUGAGCGGGGACUACAAGAACCAGGCCGUGUACUGGGCGGGGCCCAUGAUCGGCGCGGCCGUCGCGGCGCUGGCGCACCAGGUCCUGGCGUGCCCCCCGGCCUCCGCCGCCGCCGCCGCCGGGUCGUCGCGCCACGGGAACGUCGAGACGGUGGUGGUCUGACGCCUGAUACAUGGUAGCGUGCGUCCUCUCGUCGUCGCCGUGGUGAACGUAGAGGGAUCUCUCUGUGUGUGUACUAGUGUUCGACUCGUAUGUGCUGAACUUGUGUGCACUGUGCAGUUUAGGUUUUGCUUGAUCGUUGUUGUGGGUUCCCUAAAUGAUUUAAGGAACAAUG